AACAGACAGGCAAGGACCGGGAGGCGGUGGCACAGAUCUGGGACCAGCAGAUCGAAGAGGCACAAACCAGGCGGUUGCAAGGAAAGAAGGAGGAUUUUGUAGAGGGUUUCGCACGGUUGUACUCUUUUUUACAAACCAGCUGCACGGAGGAGCUUCAAGAAAGAUGAAUUAUUUCAUUAUGUUGUCGCUUUUUGCCACGGUUUUCGCCGGAAAUGCACCUCGGCUGAAAUUUGUUGUGCACGAGCCCUCCAGGUUCCACUUCAACAAACCUGAGAACUACAUCAGCAUGUACCACCAGGAAGGAAGCGACACGGUGUACGUUGGCGGCCAGGCGAUGGUCUAUGUGUUGACGUUCACUAACAGAGGGGUCCGCGACGUGCAGAUCCCAGCGGCAUCUGACCAGACUGCAAUUGAUACCUGCAAGGCAAAGGCUGCACCACUCGAGCUGGAGUGUGAUAAUUUCAUCACCGUCAUUCAGAAAGUAAACGACACAAUGAUUAUAUGUGGAACAAAUGCUGGGAGCCCCAGGUGCUGGAUGCUGGUCAAUGAGACGGUGCUGACCGACGUCCAGGGGAAUGGGCAGAUAGCGUCGGCCUCUGACAUCUCACCGCCCUACCCUUCCCAGAAGUCCAUCAGCUUUCCUGCAGAUGGGAGUCUGUAUUCGGCAAUGUCAUCUGUGGCAGGUCACCCCGGCUCCAUUCGACGUACCUUUGGCUCCCAGAAGCUCCUGAAGACGGAGAACAUUUGGCUGCUGAAUCCACAGUUUGCGGGGGCAGCCGUUAUCCCGUCCACAGUGAAGUACAAGGAGGAGAUCUACUUCUUCUUCAGUGAGCUCAACAAGACAGCCCGAGUGGACGAGGAGCCGUACAGGGCCCGCAUUGGACGCAUCUGCACGGUGGAUGAAGGGGGCAUCAAAGCGCUGCUGGAGAACUCCUGGACCACCUUCAUGAAGGCCCGGAUGAUGUGUGGCGCAGGAAAAACCCACCAGCAGUACAACAACCUGAAGCAGGCGGUGGUUCUGACGGCGCAGGACAAGAGGGCGGGGGUCCUGUACGGCCUGUUCUCCAACGCAUGGGGCAGAACAGUGAUUUGUGCCUACUCCAUCGAAGACAUUGACGUGGCUUUCUCCACUUCCAAACUGAAGGGCUACAGCAGCGCUUUCAUUGGCUCUCGCCCUGGGAUGUGCGUACGCAAAAACUCGACAACAGGAGGUCACAACGACAUCAAAAACCUCGGGGUGAUCAGAUACCACCCGGAGAUCGAGGACGUGAUCCAGCCGGUCGGUGUGGCUCCGCUCGACCUGCCCAUGGACGACGACCAAAUCACACACACUGUGGCGGACAUCGUGAUGGCGGUCAACGACGAGCACUACAGCGUCCUGUACAUCGGAACAGAACAAGGCAAAGUUCUCAAGGUUCUUCACACCAGCGGGGGGGUCUUCAUCAUAUCUCAGUACUCUCUGUUUCACAACGAGGGCCCCAUUCUUAAGAUGGCCAUCGACUCCCAAAAGGGUCACAUGUACGUCGGCACGGCGAUGGAAGUCCAAAGGCUGCCGCUGGCUGACUGCAAUCGCUAUGGCGACACAUGCAGGGAUUGCAUCCUUUCUCGGGAUCCUUACUGCGGCUGGGACAGGGCGAGGAGGAGGUGCCUUGCCAUCCCACCCGGAUACAACAUCACCACUGGGACACUUAUUCAGAAUCUGGAUCAGUCCAACUCUUCGGUUUGUGGGGAAGCUGCUGCUCUGAAGCAGCGUCGCACUUCUCCCAGAGAGGUGCUGGUGGUGUCCAACACCUCCAUCUUUCUCCCGUGCCCGGUGCGCUCCUUCCACGCUACGUACCGCUGGGAGAAAGACAACUGUGUCAAGAACUAUCCCUGCCUCUUCUCCGGGGAUUUCUGCGUGCUGGGGCCGGCUGUCAGAACGCCCCUGAAGGAUGGCGUCUUCCGCUGCAUGGCCACCGAAGACGGAUUCAAGGUGGAGGUCAUCUCCUUCAGGCUGGUGAACGACGGCAGGCUCCUGGCCGCCUCCCUGGCCUCCACCUUGGGCCCGUCGCUCCUGCUAGCCAUGGCUACCCUGUGGCUCCAUUAACUGCAGCUACCGCUAAUGCUAACCCCUCAUCCUUACUGGCUCCCAAUGACAGGAAUACAAGGAGCCUCUGUUAGGAGGUUAGGUUCGCAGAGCAUUGAAGUACAUGGUUGUGUUGGACCGUGAAAACCCUUUUUCCAUAUCAAUUUAUAGAGAAAGAUUCCAGAAAAGUCUGUAUUUUUUGCAUAAAGCAACAUAUCAGCAGCUGUUUUAAUAAGAUCCGAACUGGGAAACACAUUCAUUAUCAUAGUAAAGUAACUAGAAGUUCAGAAAUUGAAAUAUCUUGCAAGUUCGAUCAACCGUAGUUAGGUGCUUUGCGAACCUUUCCUCUCUGACUGAAAACAUAUCGUAUGAGUCGGGCAAAAACACCAAUACCAGGCCAAUUAUUUUUACCAUUUCUCUACUUUAUUUGAAAUCGACUUGACUGUGCUUAUUUGUGAAUAUAUAAACCUUUAAUACCGCUCUUAAAUCUUAUCAUCUUGUUAGACUUCAUUGGUAUAGCUCAUUAGUACGUAGAAAAAUGUCUGGUAUUGAGAUUUGAAAAGCCUUAACACUUCUUGGACAUUAACUCCUAAGCACAAUUUUGCAGUCGACGCAGACUUGGCGCUAUGAUUAUUGCGGCUGAGUCGAACAACAUCGCUGGGAGGAAGUGUCAGCUUUUUGACAGGAAGUAGGAAGAUGGGCAAAAGCUCAUUCUCGGAACAUCACUGUGUCUCAGCACCUCCUCCUCAGACGAGGCAGUACCUUGCAUCUUUUUAUUAGAUGGUAUCAGACAUCGUCAUUACGCCUUGUUCACAGCUUUGUCCAUUGUUUAGUUUUUUACAUUCUGUCGUCUUGCCGCCUCUCCGGAGCAUCAGAAACAAAGAAAUCGCUCUUAACAUGAUGUGAAAAACACAACAUGGCAACAUGACCCGGGGAGAGGGACAAACAGCUAACUGACGUCCAAUAUCUGUCAACCCGACAAUGUAUAAAGAUGUGAACAAGGUGUUGUGCUAUAGCAAUUUCAAUAAACACACAUUGACAUAAACAUAAGGGCAGAUGAAACUAAAAGGAACUGCUUAUUAAGCGUGUAUUUUAUAGUUUGCUUGGAGAAAAAAAAGGCUUGUUCUUAGAUACGUGAAGUGUGUUCUGUAUUUUAUUGCUCUGCAGAUGCUGAUUUCUACCAUUGCUGCCUACGUAAGUGAUUGUUUGGGUUUUAAUGCCAUAGUUAGAACGUGAAGUGUAACCACCGACUGCUUUGCCUCUUUCCCCAGGGACAUCAGUGCAAAUAGACCGGAAAAUGGUGAUUUUGGUAAUACUUGUAUCUCUAUGCUGUGAAACAAAAGGCUUGACAGACUCCAACAAGUUGCUUCCCUGAUGUACAGCAGCAUCCACAACCGGCGGCGACAACGAUAGCUAGCAUCACGCUACCUCUCGUUUAAUAACACAAACUUCAUUAAGACCAAGAAGACAGUUGAAGCUGAGUGUUUAGAAGAAAAAAAGAUGUGAGUUAAGUAGCCCUAAAAUCCUAAAAAGUAAACGUUGAAUGAAUACUGAUCAGCUGACUGAAGAAGUAGGCUUCAGCGGUGAUGAAUUAUGCAGCGGAUUAGCAUGUUCUCCAGAGCUUUGAGAAUUAUCAUUCAGUAGUGUUACAUAAAUCUGGCCGUGCCGAGCCUUCCUCAGUGGCAGACAUGUCAUUAAUAGCUAAUUAGACAAUGGAGCCUGCUCGCCAUGCACCUUAUUAAAGAAUUGAUGUUACACCGUCGAGCAGCGGGCAUGUUCUCAGCUGUGAAAACCUCGAGGUGGUGUCGUGAUACUCUCUCAGCUCGGUUGUGUGUUGCUGCUCGGGGAUCUGCUCGCUUUCUGUAAUGCACUGAAACUGGCUUCUCACUGUGCCAAUAAAAGACAAAAAGAAAAAACAAAGCUAUGUUGAGCCACCUUAUCCUCCCGACGUCGCUUCUUAUGUUCAUUUGCUUCAUCCCUCGCUCCUUACCUGCCGUUUUAUCUUUUCCCCCAAAGUGACUCUGUGUAUGUGUUCAACAUUGGUCCUUUCUUAAGCCAGACACACAAACCUUCUGUCGGUGCAACAUGCAUAUUAAUCAUCUUUGUGUCACCACCUGGGAGGGAAACUAUCAACAGCCAACGGCCAAGAGCUGGUAAACAUUUAGUAGAGGCUGUUAGAGAGGCUGUUAGACACCUUUGGCAGUACAAUAACUCCAGAUUCAUAGACAUGCUCAUUACAUAGUCCUGUUAAACCUCCUUUAUCCGUUAAAAUAACUGCCGAGUAAGUGUCGUUGUGAUUCAAUAGCGAAGGCGAGCCACUUUGAGAGGAGAGGAAAAUUGCAUCUAAUGCCAACAAGGCAUUGGUGGAAGUUCCAAGAAAGUAGUAGUGCUGCAACAUGCAUACAUUAACAGUGGGUGGAUGAUGGGUGGGGUACAAAGCAUCUGACUUUGAGCUCAUUCUCCUCCCCUAACCCUAACCCUAACCCUCACCCUAACCCUCACCCUAACCCUCACCCUAACACUGAGCCUAUCGCUGCAUUCACAUGAGACGGGUCAAAUAGCUCUGCGCUGUUGUUGCCGUUGUGUUUUGAAUGGAGAAAGCAAAGCAGCCUGACUUUCGUAAACCUUCAGCGUUGUGCACCCCGCUCAAGUUCAUAUUAUUCCAACUUUGACAUAGUUACCGCUGACCUUACGACGCGCAACCACUCAGAUGACAGCUUUGUCAACAACCCAAGUUAGCAGGGGACGUAACAAUAGAAACAAAACCUAUAUGGCUGUUUUCAUAGCAUGGCGCCAAAACCUUGCGGUGAGCAAAUCACGUAUAAUGUGAAUGCAGCCUAACCCUAAACAUAAAUGUGUUCUUUACUUCACCCUAACUAAGUACUUUUAGUUGCCGAAACGUAAGUACACAUUAAGGAUAGAGAUGAUCAUCAUUUUGCAGAUGCAUAUUGUACAAAAGAGCAUGUCUAUGUUAGUCUUGGUUGCAGGGUUUGUUUUCAGAGUGUUGCUGUGCAGAGCUGAUUGCAUUUCUUCGUGAGGAGCGGCGCUGCAGGCAGGUGAAAUCAGGCUUUCAUCAUCCCGCUCUUUCCUAAGUCAUCACGCUCAACACCACAAGGCUUUGCUUUAGUAUCAACACUUUUCCAGCUAAUGCGUGGAAUUAAGAUUUAUAGCAUUUACAGCAUUUACCAACAGUUGCCGUUUUUUUUCCAAAUCUCCCCCGUUCAAGUCCUUGCUUUGAUAUGGAUAUUCUCACAGUCGUUUUUUAUCGGAAUCCGGUUAUCGCUCCUUCGCAACCGCCAUCGUCAGCCAGUCCGAAAAGGCUAAUCUCCUUCAAAGCAAGCUCUUGAUUUUGCCUUCAGGAAACCAAUUUAAUGGAUCAAGCUAUCUGAUGUAAACGAAUCAACGUUGAGUGAAGCGGGUCGCUGUUUUGUUUGCUCUGGGGUUUUUGAGUGUCGAGUACUGUACAUGAUGUGUGCCCGCAAUUAUGUGUCUUGAUAUAUCUUAUUUUAAAGGAACAUGCCAAACUCUAUUAUUGAAAAAAAAGAGAUUUAUAUUGGUACCAUGCCAGUCUAAUGCCAUCUCAUUACAUGUAUUUUUAAAAAAAACAGAUAUCUACAGUGCAAUAGAUAUUCAUGUAACAAAUCCAUAUUGACAUGUGUUUCCCUGAACAUGUGCGGUGAAAAUUAAUAAAAUAUAACUACAACAAAA